AUGCUAGGACUGUAAAUUUUAAAAUCUCAACUACAUAAUCUAUUAACCUGGAAUUCGAAAUAUAAAAUUCCAAUGAUGGUGGAUAAGUUUCGAUUAGAAAUGUGUUCAUAUCUAGGCUCUUAUGCUAUCCUUUAUGCAAUUCCUGUACAGGCUAAUAAUAUAAUUAAUGUGCAAGUUGUUAAAGCGGAACACCGAAUAAUAAUAGAUGCCCUUUUGUGCCCAUCUAAUUAGUCUUUGAUGCCAGAUAUUGGUUGCACAGCGAUCUGCGAUUUUUAUUAUCGCCAAACUUAUGAAAAAAUUUGUGUAAAAUUUAAAUGUAAUUGUAUAAUUUAAUUCUAGCAAGCACUCUCUAUUAGGAAACCUUAUAUCCAAAUGAAAUGAGAUAUAAAGUGAUUCUUCCUACCAUUACAAGUUAAUCAGAUUAUAUAUUAGCAUCUACUUCAUAAGACCAUGGAAUAUUCACUAAGAAUUCUGGCACUAUUAGGUUUAUUGACAUAUCCUCAUUUACUUAAGGAUCUUUUUUUUUAGGAUUAAAAUUAGUUCUAACAUUAUACGAGCCUAUUCCUAUUGGUGCUAGAAUAGAGUUUCAUGUUAAUAAUACUUACUAUGGAUCUAUUUAUUAAACGAGCGAAGGAAUGUAGCUGCACAGAGUUUAGUUAUAUAAAAUUGAGGACUUUGCUUGUGUCAAUUUAUGGUCUAUCUGCAAAACUAUUACGGUAUUUUUGUUUCUUGAUAUACCUAAUUAUUCCUUUUCUUUUAAAGCAAUGGGAUAUUAUUUGUAAAUAUUGCAUCUCAUAUAGAACUUCUGGCUCAGGUUGGAGCAUAAGAGAGUUAGAGGUCUCGUCUGGAAAGUGUCAGGAUAAUUGCAAAUAUUGCGAAUUAGCUUAUGUCUGUAAAAUUUGUAAUGAUGGUCUUUAUGUAUCAAGCGAUGGUAAUUGUGUAAAAUGUGAAGAAUCUUAUUAAAUAAUAAAUGAAGAUUCUUGCGUUGACUAUGAAUAAGAAACUCCGUGUAUUUAAUUAUUGAUAUCUUAGAUUCUCAAUAUUUAAUAUAAAAUGAAAAGUUUGAACUAGCAAAUGAUCCGUCCUAACCUACACAAUAUCUACUUGUUUCAGCAGAAGGUCUCAACUUUUUAAAAGGAUCAGAUAUUUGCUAUUCUCUUUGGCACGACAAAUUCAUUUUUGGGGGUUAGUAUGUUUGGAGUCAAGCAAAAUUCCAAAUAAUUCAUUAAAUUACAAAUCCACAUUAUGGUGUUACGGUUGCAUUUUAUAUUUUAUAUGGACCAAAUUUCCCUGAGGAUGGUUAAUUCAUAUAUACCCAAGAAAACGAUCAGCCCAUAAUUAAAUCUGCAUAGAAUGCAAAUUUAUCUUUUGCAGACGGAACUUUGUCUGAAAGAGUCAAAUUUUUCCAUACACAUUCUUCUAAUACAUUAACUUUAUAUUGGGAAUGCAAAGGCAGUAACAAUAAUAUAUAUGAUGCAUAUUGUGGAUUGUAUGGAUAUAAUGUAGUCGUUCAUUAUUGUUAACCUUAUUGUCUAGAAUGUUUAAACGAAAAGGUUUGCACUAAAUGGGAUAAUUCUGUUGAUGCUAAAUUUCAUUCAGAAAUAGGUUGUUAACCAAAAACGUAUUAUAAUAAACAAGAGCAAAAAUGUUUACCUUGUCCUGAUGGAUGUGAAACUUGUACAUCUGAAAUACAUUGUUAAUCAUGUGGAUUAACGUUUACUCUUACUAAAACAGGUUGUAAUUGUUUAAUGAAUUAAUAUUAUGCAAAUAGUUAAUGUUAUGAAUGCCCGAUAGAAUGCAAUUAAUGUAUAAAUGACCAAGUUUGUGUAGAGUGUUUGACUGCAAAUAAUAGAGUAUUAAAAAACAAUAAGUGCGAAUGUUUAGAUGGGUAUUAUUCUAUAAGUUCAAAUCCAGUCUGUAAAAAAUGUCAUAGUUAAUCAAUCUGCUAGUGCCCAUCAGGUACAAGUUAUGAUGGCUCUUCAAAUUCAUGUAAGGCUUGCCAUUCUUCAUGUGAAACUUGCUUUAGAUUAACCUUGAGUGGUUGCUUAACUUGUGAUAUAACCAAAAACAAAAUCUUAAAAGGAUUAAAAUGCGUUUGUAUUCCAGGAUACUACGAAGAGAAUAAUAUUUGUUAAAGUAAAUGAUGAAUUAAAAUUAUAGUAUGUCCUCAAGUAGAAGAUCCAUCGAAAGUACAAUGUUAUAAAUAUUGUUAAGAAGGUUUUACAAUGUGGCAUACAUAAGUUUGUCCAAAAUGUUUCCCUGGGUUUUAGUUUAUUUUUGGUGAAUGUAUGCCAAUUUGUGGAGACGGCAUAGUAGUAGGAUAUGAAUAAUGUGAGGAUGGGAAUAACGAAAUAGACGAUUUAUGCUUUAAUUGCUAAUUUUAAUGCCCUAGCAAUUGUUCUACUUGUAAUUAAAAUACUUAAUUACCAUGUUCUGGUUAUUGUGGAGAUGGUAUUGUUAAUGGUACCGAAGAAUGUGAUGAUGCGAACUAAAUUUAAUAUGACGGGUGCCAUAAUUGCAAAUUUUAAUGUUCUAUGAAAUGUACGAAUUGUGUCAAAGGUAAAUGUACUUAAUGUGUCACUAAAACACAUAAAAAUAGCUUUGCAAUGUCUUCCGAGAAUUGUUUAUUGCAGUGUGGAAUUGGGUAGGUAAUUGAAAGCGAUAACUGCAUUGAUUUAAAUUCGAAUAUUGAUGAUUAGUGUUAAAUCUGUAGAUAUAAUUGCAGAAGUAAUUGUAUUAGUUGUGAUUACACUACUGGAAGAUGUCUAGACUGCAAUGACGGGUUUAGACCAUAUUCUCACUUCUGCAAGAAUAUUUGUGGAGACAAAACAUUAGCUAAGGAUUAGGAUAACUUUUAUACUGAAACUUGUGACGAUGGUAAUAUUAUCAACAACGAUCUUUGUAGUUACUUAUGCAAGAGAGAAUGUUAGGAAGAAAAUAUUUGUACAGAUUGCAGAAAUACUAUAUGUUAUGCUUGCGGAUACGGAUACUAUUUGAAUGAGCAUCAUUAUUGUUAUUCUAUCUGUGGAGACAAUAAAAAAGCAUAAAACGAGCAAUGUGACACAGAAGUGCCUAACAGAGGAUGCUUAAAUUGUUAAGCAAAAUGUUAAGAGUCAUGUUUUUAAUGUUCUACUGAAGGUAAAGGUUGCUUAAAAUGCAAAGAAGGUUAUCUAAAUAUCGAUAAUAUGUGUGAGACUAUUUGUGGAGAUGGUUAUGUUACGGCUGACGAAUAAUGUGAUGAUGGCAAUUUAAUAUUUGAAGACGGGUGCCAUCAAUGUUUAAAAGCUUGCACUAUAGGUUGUUCUGCUUGUAAUAAUGGAGUUUGUAAUGAUUGCCUGGAAGGCUUCUCAUAUUUUAAACAAUAAUGCAUUAAAAUUGAUGAGAACUUUCAUGAUCCUAGGUGUAAUUCUGAUUGUUUAGAAUGCAGUAUCGAAAGGCAUGGAUGCUUGCUAUGUAAACCUAAUUAUGAAAACAUUGAUAAUAGGUGCUAUUCCAUUUGUGGAGAUUAAAUACAAGUCGAGCCUGAAAAAUGCGAUGAUAAAAAUCUUAAUUUUGAAGAUGGAUGUCAUUAAUGUAAUUAUAAUUGCCCCAUCUCUUGUUCAAUUUGUUAUUAAGGUAUUUGCUAUUGGUGUGAAGAAGAAUUUUUUCUAUAUGAGCACAGAUGUUUUUUAAAGAUUGAAAAUGAUCAAUUAGCUUUUCUUACUAAUUUUGAAUGUUCAGAUUUAAAAAUUCUGUAGUUUUUCUCUUCAACUUUGGUUUCAGCUAAUUAAAUCCAAGCAUAAACCCCAGAUCUGGAUUAAUCAGAAUAUAAUUUAAUUGGCUAUUACGCAAAAGGUGUUUUAAGUUCAACGAAUUUUGUCCGUUUUACAGUUGAUUUACAAUGCUCUUAAAAUUAGAAAUUAGAAAUUUAAUUCAAUGAUUUUGAAUCAGGCUUUGAUAAAGAAUCAUUAAUAUUCUUAAAUGAAUGUCACAACACUUUUUAUCAUACAAUCAGAGUUACAUUUGUACUAAAUAAAAUAAAGCUCGGUGAUGAAAUAUUGGUAAUUAUAAUAAAAUAAGAUGAAUUUAAAUUGACAUUGAUAGUUGAUGAUUUUUUACAAAAUCUUCUCUCCUUUAAAUUUAUUAAUAUGUGA